AUGGUGUCGAGGACGCCCACGAAGGCGCCGGCGGCCAGGCCCGGCACCGGCACCGGCAGCCCCGCGAAGCCGUCGCCGUCGCCGACCCCGGCGGCGAGGCGCCGCCGGGCCCUUCGCGGGGGCCGCCGCCCGUCCUCCACGAAGCGGAGGGCGUCCCCGCUCAAGUCCCUCGCGGCCGCCCCCGCCGCCGUGGCCUCCUCCUUCGGCCGCUCCGUGCGCUUCUGCCGCCGCCGCCUCAUCAAGGUCUUCGCCCGCCUCGCCGUCCUCGGCUCCCCGUCCAAGCGCAGGGCCGGGGCCGCGGGGUUCCAGCGCCUCCGCUCCUCCUCGCCCCCGCCCUCGCCGCACUUCUCGCCCCGCGCUCAGCGGCCCGGCAGGGUCCACGCCGCCGCGCUCCCGCCGCCGUCGGAUCCGGAAAAGAAGACCCUUUUUCUGGACCUCGACGAGACGCUCAUCCACUCCCAGACCGACCCGGCGCCGGCGCGCUACGACUUCACCGUGCGGCCGGUCAUCUGCGGCAAGGCGGUCACCUUCUACGUCUGCAAGCGCCCGGGCGUCGACGACUUCCUCCGCGCGGCGGCGGAGGCCUUCGAGGUCGUCAUCUUCACCGCGGGGCUGGAGCAGUACGCCUCGCUCGUGCUCGACCGCCUCGACCCCACGGGCGCGCUGAUCGCGCACCGCCUGUACCGCAGCGCCUGCCGAGACGACGGGGACGGCAGGCUCGUCAAGGACCUGUCGGCCACUGGCCGGGCUCCGGACUGCGCCAUCAUCGUCGACGACAACCCAAACGCCUACUCCCUGCAGCCAGAGAACGCCCUCCCGGUGGCGCCCUUCAUCGACGAUGCCAAUGACCAGGAGCUGGAGAAGGUCAUGCGAUUCUUGGACGCCGCCGCAGGGUUCGACGAUACCAGGGAGGCCAUCAGGUACUACAAGGAUCUCGUCACAGAGAAGUGA